AUGGAUCUCCUUCGCAGCUUGGCUGCCGUCGUGGUCUUGACGGCCUCCCUCACCAGCGCCUUGCCUCACCCUACCGAGAAGCCGACCGUCAUUCACCCUGACUUCUCGCACACUACUAUGACCGAGCGCCCUACGGUGUCCCACCCCGACUUCUCCCAUACUACUACGUACUCUCAUGUUACUGCGGCCCCUGGCUGGGUCAUGCCGCCACCUCCCGUCGCUCGUGCCGAGGGUUCUGGUCCUGUCUUCGACUCCAGUCUUUCUCACCCUCUCGGCACAGCCACUUCCACAGGCUGCAAGACUCUGUUCUAUCUGGGCCAUCCCACAGUAAUGUGUGACAGCGUCCUGUCCACCGCUCAUACGACUACGACGAAGCACUACACUCCGCCUGGUUGCAUUCUUCCUGACGGCGAUUGCUCUGGUACGCUGACUACCAUUUAUCGCCCCACCGCCACUUCAAAGGUCUCAGAGAGCCAGGCUCCGGAAAUCGGUACACUCGCCACCUAUGGUCCUCCUUCAGGGGUUCACACCUUCUCCCUCCCCGGCUUCUCUCUCCCAUCCGUUCCAGUGACCGUCACCAAGGCCCCCGAGCAUUCCACCACGACCGUUGUCCCUAACGACAAGAGGGCGACUUCGACUAGGUGUACUGAGAAACUCAAGGUGUACGAGACAUUGACCUACGUUGGUCCGUCGACUACGCAGACUUUCACGCACACCAUCGAUGUGAUGACCGAGACUUUCACAAUCCCGGGGACCACUUUCGAGGUCACGCAGAGUCUGCUUGAGAGGCGGACGGACACCACUCACAGCCCGGAGCCUUUGCAGACUGAGUAG